CGUGUUCCUCCUCUCGUUCCUCUUCUGUCUCCGUUCCAUAUGAACAAACGGCGCGGUAUAGCCUAGUAUACUAUAGUAAAGAGCGGAAAGGCUUUGAACGUCCUCAGUCGAUACCCGAACAGGGUGCACGGCUGGACGUGAUUCCGUCCUCCCCUCCUAUCAAUCCCACAUCAACCACACGAAAAUAAAUAGCCGUCAAAAUUCAAAUAAUCAAAGCAAAUUCAAAAAAAAAAGUACCGCAAGUUUUGUAUUUCUUUUUUUCAGUUUUGGUUUUCAAAUUGGCAAAACGAAUUGAAAAGGAAAAAAAAUUGAACAGGAUCCAGGUGAGUAAAACCAAUCAUCAAAAAGUGUUUGGCGGCCGCCGAUCAAAAAUCCACAAACACAAACAAAUUCCUCCCCAUUUCGUUAAGGAGGAAAAAAACUAAAUUACCGAAGCGCAUAGAUAAUCAGUGGCGUUUUAUUGUGUGUGCGUGUGUAUGUGCCUGUGCGUUUCGUGAGUGUUUUUGACGGCAGUGUGGUAUAAUAUUACGGCAGCAGCAACUUGUGCACCGAUUUUCGUUCUGCUGCUGCAUUAUCGUGUGGCCCACCCAACCGUAUCUGCAUAUCACGCCGCAGUCAGUGGGCAUCGUUAUACACAUCGCCGACUGCUUUUGCUUGUCGGUUCCAGUUCAGCAAAAAAAAAGUGAGGGAACAGAGGGGAUAAAGAAAAGUAAACCCACCUAGUUCUUUGAUGUACCUGUAAUGAAGGAUCUUGCUGUUGAUGGGGUGAACAUUUCAAUGAGGCGGGUUGUGCUUUAGCGUGUUGCUUCAAAGUCGACUUUUGCCGAAGCGUUUGUCUUCAUCCAACGCUUUCACGACCAGUUUGGUGGUUUUGAAAUUCCCUUCGACUAUUACACAAAUAAAAACUUCGGUGACACCGCGUCAACAAACUUUGGUAAAACCUUUACAUCGUGGCUCGAUCCGCCGUUAACUAUGGAUAAUUUUAAACGCCGGUGCUAUUCUAACAUCCGUGCGUGAAAAAAAAGCAAACAACCCAACAAACUGCCUACACAACAAGCAAACCGACAACUUGAACCAUGGAGACCAAGCGGUUAGGACGACGGCGAAGAGUUUCCCAUCAACAAGAUUUAGCGCAAAACGUGAACAGACGAGAUGAUACGAAUUCACGGUUUCCUCAGAGCCAGGAACAGUUGAAUGAGAAACGGGGCAACAUCCUCGUCGGUCUGACAAUAACCAGCCGGACAAGAAACAAACCUGAUGUGGCUAACGUCGUUGACCAGCAGCGAUGCUUCAGUUGCCAAGUUACGGCGGUGGAAUCGCCCAGCACUCGACUUUCAACAGCGUCGGUUCGCCAACAACACGACCACCACCCUGGGCAAAGACGACAGCUGAGAUCAAUGCCAACGCUUAUGUGGCUGAGUGCGGCUCUGUUGCUCAUGUGCCCAACGGCGAUGCGGGCGACUCGACUCGGACAACACGGAACAAUAGCGACGAGUGCAGGAAAUGCUGCCGACCAUGACUAUCAUACUAGCGGAGCCCACACGACAACAACGGCUGAAGACUAUGAAGAUCCUUCGCUUAUAAUCAACACGCUGGCGGGCAGAAUUCGUGGCAUGACGGCCGUAACGCCGACCGGCAAGGAGGUGGACGUGUGGAACAGCGUCCCGUUCGCCCAGCCGCCGGUCGGCGAGCUGCGCUUCCGCCACCCGAGACCGAUGGACCCGUGGGACGGCGUCCGGGACACGCGAGACAUGCCCAACUCUUGCUGGCAGACGAUGGACGACUUCUUCGGCAAUUUCGCCGGAUCGACCAUGUGGAACGCCAACACGGAGCGGAGCGAGGACUGUCUGUACCUCAGCGUCACGGUGCCUCGUCCGCGACCCAAGAACGCAGCCGUCAUGGUCUGGAUCUUUGGUGGAGGAUUCGUCACUGGAUCGUCGACACUUGAUGUCUACGACCCAAAGAUCCUCGUCUCCGAAGAGAACGUCAUCUACGUUUCGCUUCAGUACAGGGUCGCCUCCCUGGGAUUCCUCUAUUUCGACCAGCCGGGCGCUCCGGGCAACAUGGGCAUGUUCGACCAGGUGGCCGCUCUCCAGUGGGUCCACUCCAACAUCGCCUUCUUCGGCGGCAACCCCAACAACAUCACGCUCUUCGGCGAGUCGGCCGGAGCGGCCAGCGUCUCCAUGCACUUGCUCUCGCCGUUGAGUCGCAACUUGUUCAGUCAGGCCAUCAUGCAAAGUGGAUCAGCGACAGCUCCGUGGGCUACAGUCGACAGAGAAGAGACUAUCAUCCGUGGACUGAGACUCGCCGAAGCUGUUGGCUGCCCACACAGCCGGGCGAAUCUCAGCUCAGCGUUGGAAUGUCUGCGGACCAUUAACGCUUCAACUCUCGUAAACAAUGAGGUGGCUCCGCUGGGGAUCCUGGAGUUCUCUUUCGUGCCGAUCGUGGACGGCGCCUUCCUGGACGAGUCGCCGAAACGUUCGCUGGCGACGCGCAACUUCAAAAAGUGCAACAUCAUGAUGGGCAGCAACACGGAGGAGGGCUACUUCUUCAUCUUCUACUACCUGUACAACCUGUUCCCCAAAGAGGAGAACGUCUACAUCAACCGGGAGCAGUUCCUGCAGUCGGUCCAGGAGCUGAACCCGUUCGCCAACAGCAUCGCCCGCCAGGCCAUCAUCUUCGAGUACACGGACUGGUCGAAUCCGGACGAUCCGAUCCGCAACCGCGACGCCCUGGACAAGAUGGUCGGCGACUACCAUUUCACCUGCAACGUCAACGAGUUCGCCCACCGCUACGCCGAGAUGGGCGGCAGCAACAACGUCUACAUGUACUACUACACGCACAGGUCGUCGACGCACCUGUGGCCCAGCUGGACCGGCGUCCUCCACGCCGACGAGAUCAACUUUGUCUUCGGAGAGCCGCUCAAUCCCACCAAGGGCUAUCUACCUCAGGAGAUUGCACUCAGCAAGAAAAUGAUGCGCUACUGGGCCAACUUUGCUCGCACCGGCAAUCCAAGUAAGAAUCCCGACGGUUCUUGGACCCAAGAAUAUUGGCCAGUUCAUACUCCUUACGGACGAGAAUAUCUCACGUUUGCUGCCAACCAUUCCUGGGUAGGUCGUGGACCUCGACUAAGGCAAUGUGCUUUCUGGAAAAAGUAUCUACCUAGUCUCAAAACGGCUGCAGCCAAUCUGCAACAGCCGCCAGCCCAGUGUCCAACCAGCAGCGGAGUGGCUUCCUUGGAUCGACUGGGUAUUCCAACUUUCUGCUCGCUUAUAAGCGUCGCUUUGUGGGCCAUGGUUGAGCUUCGAAAUCAGUGCUGAAAUCCUCGACGAUGACGUCUAACUAUAUCGUCCUAACACGCCCUUAACCCACGCAUCCUUAAGACUUGGAGAAGUGCCAGCGGGUCGGGCGGCCAAAGAGAAAUCCAGGAGUAACAAUCACCAAACAAUGAUCCCGUCAAAGAUUAAUCAGCUUACUGUCGAACAUUUUCAAAAGAAUAGAGAAUUGAAUGAUGGGAAAAGGCAAAGAAAAACGAGACAUAAUUAUUAUUCUUUUCAAUGCAAACAACAUUACCGCCAGUUUCUGUGGGUGCGGUCACGAUGUUUUCGUAAGAGAGGAGCAUGCUGCCAAUCAUCUCUAAUGUACUCCAGUUGAUUAUGUUGUUUUAUACAGUCCAGUACGCAAACCCUAAAAUAACCCAUCCCUCCACACCUAUCGUCAGUUGCACCAUCUCCUUUGCUCGUGCUCUU